AUGACUCCAAACAUCGUGAUCUUAGGUGGCAGCAAGGCAAGACGCCUUCCAAUCUUUUCCAUCAUCAUUAGAUUUCGGUUCGACACGGCUAAUGGCUCACAUGCGUUAAACAGCAGCCAGAUGAACAACUCCUCUACACUAGCAAGCAGCAUAGCAUCUCCUCCGCCAGUCGGCGCCAGACCGGCGGCUGCGUCAAUUAAUGCCAAAGUAUGCGGCUUUUAUACCGGUAAUGGAAACUAUGUGCAUUCAAAUGGUACUAGUCCUGGAACUGGUCCCCAUUUGAUCAGAGGAACAGCUGGUACACCAACAAGUGAUUUUGACCAGCAUACCGCGUCUUACCGCGGCAAGCGUGGACAAACGCUCUUCUCUCCUCAUGCUGCCUCUGUAGACAUGCAGAAUGGUCAUACGCCAUCUCCGGUUGGCCGUCUGAAGGGGUUUCAAGGGCAUGCAGAGUCAUCUAUGGCCUCCUUGUUCUUGCACCAUAACUUUGUUUGUUCGCUGCUCAAUGACCUCUUUGGUAUACAAGCACGUGGUGGCUGCGCCUGUGCUGGACCGUAUGCAUUGGAUCUUUUAGGAAUCUCAGAAACGAUGGCGCAUCUCUAUGAGAAUGUCGUUGUUGGAAGGUAG